AUGUGUAGUGCAGCAUUUGCCCCACAAGAAUGUUUAAAACCACUUUUAUUAAAAGAUACGGAAGAAAAACCUUAUGCUUGCGAUGUGUGUAAUAAAGCAUUUUCCAAGCAAGACUAUUUAAAAAGGCAUUUGAAGAUACAUUCGAAAGAGAAACUCCAUGUUUGUGAUGUAUGCAGUAAAACAUUUAUUAGGCAAGAAACAUUAAAGCACCAUUUACGGACGCAUACAAAAGUGAAACCGUAUGUUUGUGAUGUGUGCAGUCAGGCAUUUUCGGAACGAGGUAAUUUAAAGAGACAUCUGCGGACUCAUACGAAUUUGAAAGUACAUUUAGAGACACCUGCGAAUGAGAGACAGUAUAUUUGUGAUGUGUGCAGUAAAGCAUUUUCUGUCAAAGAAAGUUUUAAGCGUCAUUUACUGAUUCAUGCAAGAGAGAAUGUGUGUAAUGUGUGUAAUGUAUGCAAUAAAGCAUUUAAAACACAAUCAAAUUUAAAGCAGCAUUUGCUGCUGACGCAUGCAAAAGUGAAACCGCAUGUUUGCGAAGCAUGCAAUAAAGCAUUUCUUACCCGAAGCAUUUUAAACAAACAUUUACUGACACAUACAAAGGAGAAGCCAUUUGUUUGUGAGAUAUGCAGUCAAGCAUUUUCCCUACGUGAAAACUUGAAGGUGCAUUUAAUGAGACACGCGAAAGAUAAACCUCACGUUUGCGAUGUGUGUAAUAAGACAUUUUUUGAAACCUCAAGUUUAAAGAUACAUUUACGGACGCAUACAAACGAAAAACCGUUUGUUUGUGACGUGUGUCAGAAAGCAUUUUCUGUCCUUGGAAAUUUAAAGAGACAUUUACGAACUCAUACGAAAGAGAGACCGUAUAUAUGUGAUAUAUGCUGUAAGGCAUUUUCUGGACGUGGAAAUUUAAAGAGACAUUUACGAACUCAUACGAAAGAGAGACCAUAUAUUUGUGAUACAUGCCACAAAGCAUUUUCUGAUCCAACCAAUUUAAGGGGACAUUUAGUCACACAUACAAAUGAUAGACAGUAUGGUUGUGAUGUGUGCAACAAAACAUUUUCUACCCAAAGUAAUGUUAAGCGCCAUUUACUGACGCAUACAAAAGAGAGACCGUAUAUUUGUGAUACAUGCCACAAAGCAUUUUCUGAUCCAACCAAUUUAAGGAGACAUUUAGUCACACAUACAAAUGAUAGACAGUAUGGUUGUGAUGUGUGCAACAAAACAUUUUCUACCCAAAGUAAUUUUAAGCGCCAUUUACUGACGCAUGCAAAAGAGAAACCGUAUAUUUGUGAUACAUGCCACAAAGCAUUUUCUGAUCCAACCAAUUUAAGGAGACAUUUAGUCAAACAUACAAAUGAUAGACAGUAUGGUUGUGAUGUGUGCAACAAAAUAUUUUCUGUCCAAAGUAAUUUUAAGCGCCAUUUACUGACGCAUGCAAAAGAGAGACCGUAUAUUUGUGAUACAUGCCAUAAAGCAUUUUCUGAUCCAAACAAUUUAAGGACACAUUUAGUCAUACAUACAAAUGAUAGACAGUAUGGUUGUGAUGUGUGCAACAAAACAUUUUCUGUCCAAAGUAAUUUAAGCGCCAUUUACUGA